GGAAGGCGAAAAGAAAAAGGUGAAUCCUCGACAGACGCUUGCGUUGAUUGUUAUUGUUAUUGUUUUUAUUGUGUGCUUUGAAAAAUAAAUAAAAAAACCAAACAAGAAACAAAUAAGAAUUAUAGAGUGUUGUGGAUGAGAUUUCCGGCUCUAUUCCCCAUGGCUUCCCGAGUCCAACAGUUACUGGCCGCCGCGGCGCGUCCGCUGCCUGAUAUCUCAGAUCCGAGCUUUGGCUCGCAUUUCGAUUCCUUUGCAGAUUACAAGGUCAUGCUGCUCGGGGAUGGCAGUCAUGGUACAUCCGAGUUCUACUCUGCUCGCGCGCAGAUCACUAAACGGAUGAUCGAGCAACAUGGCUACAAUAUGGUCGCUGUCGAGGCCGACUGGCCCGAUGCAGAAGUCAUUGACCGAUAUGUACGACUGCGUCCCGGCCCCAAGGCGAAGAUGGGGACCGGGGUCAGAGAAGAGCCGUUCAAGAGAUUCCCUACUUGGAUGUGGAGGAAUCGAGAAAUGCAGGACCUCGUGGAAUGGAUGCGAGAUCGGAAUUCGAAACUUCCUGCAGAGAAGAGGGCUGGCUUUUACGGUCUAGAUCUCUAUAGUAUGGGAGCGUCCAUUCGUGCAGUUGUUGAUUAUCUCGAUCACGUUGACCCAGAGGCGGCCAAGGUUGCUCGUCGGAGGUAUGGUUGUCUGCAGCGCUGGGUGGAUGAUCCAACCAUGUACGGAUUGGCUUCUGUCCAGGGCUUGGAGUCAUGCGAGAGACAAGUGGUCCAGAUGCUCCGUGAGCUUCUGGAGAAACGACUGCUGUAUUCCGCAGACAUACAUGAUGGUGAAGAGUUCCAUAGUUCUGAGCAGAACGCCUUCGUGGUCCGGGAUGCGGAAGCCUACUACAAGUCGAUGUACUACAGCUCGGCCAGUUCCUGGAAUCUGCGAGACACCCACAUGUUCGAGACGCUGCGGCGCUUGCUCCAGUUCAAGCCGUCAGAUUCCAAGGCAAUCAUCUGGGCGCACAACUCCCACUGCGGCGAUGCGCGAUAUACCGCCAUGGGCAGCCGCCGCAACGAGGUGAACAUUGGCCAACUGUGCCGGGAGCACUUUGGCCGGGAGAAUGUCACUAUUCUGGGCUGCGGCACCCAUACUGGAACUGUGGCCGCAGCUCAUGAAUGGGACGAUGACAUGGAAGUGAUGCGAGUGAACCCGUCUCGCGCUGACAGUUGGGAGAUUCUGGCGCACAAUACGGGCAUUCCUCGUUUCUUCGUGGAUCUUCGGCCCAAGAGCACUGAUCCAGAGCUGCGGACGGCCAUGAGGGAGGAGAACCUGCGUCUGGAGCGCUUCAUCGGCGUCAUCUACCGUCCCGAUACAGAGCGUAUCUCCCACUACUCCCAGGCGUACCUCCACAACCAAUUCGACGCCUAUAUCUGGUUCGACGUGACCAAGGCCGUGCAGCCUCUGGAGAAGGUGCAGCCCAGGACACCACUGGGAGUCGACGAGACCUAUCCGUUCGGUCUGUAGAUCAGGGGGUGUGCAUGGAGUCAUGGACUGCAGGAUGGUCAUUCUUUUGGUUUCUGGAAGGCCGAGAUGAUAUUGAUAGUCGGCAUGAACGGCGAACACGGGAUCAAGGCGGAUUUCCACGGUUAUGUCAUGAUGUGUUGGGUAUAAGUUAAGUUAUGUAUCAAAAUAGGAUCAUCGUUGUCAUUGGAGUAUGUACUUCG